GCGUGAGCUGCAAUGUUAAGCCGAUGCUCUCGGAAAAGCAGGCGAUCCCAUUAAGAAAAUUUCAGUCGCGUCAGGCUGAGAAAGAGCGCGAUACCCAUUACACAUCGCUAACACAGACUGUUUUUCACUUGGAUUUACCAAAUCACUCUUUUUUAUAUACAAGCAGAGGAUUUAAUCACCGCUGGGUGACGAUAACACCCCCCUUUCUCCCAGUUUAUUCCCGUUUUCCCUCCUGCUGCAUCUCACUCCGCAGUGAGAAGCAAGUGACAUGGACGGGUUUUACGACCAGCAGGUCCCUUUUGUGGUGCCCCCCAGUGUAAGUCUCUGCUUCAACUCGUCAUGCCUCAAUUUCUUCACUUUUAAGUCUCACAUGCCGGAACCAUCUUGCAGGCCAUUCAAUGACCGAAAAAGGAAGUUUGUUGACACUGAGUUGGCACAGGAUACAGAGGAGCUCUUUCAAGAUCUGAGCCAGCUACAAGAGAUUUGGAUAGCAGAAGCCCAGGUACCUGAUGACGAACAGUUUGUUCCAGAUUUCCAGUCGGAUAACUUGAUGUUCCAUGGACCCCCUCAAACAAAAGUAAAGCGGGAACUGAGCCCAAGCAGAGAGUUUUCCCCGUGUGGACAAGAGCAUAGACUGUCUCCAUAUGGAGAAAAGUGCCUAUAUAACUACAGUGCCUUCGACAGGAAGCCAUUUACUUUUAACAAGCCACUCACUCCUCCUUCUACACCGGCAUCACCCUUUGGCUCCUCCACCAGCACAGCAACACACCCUGUGCAAAAAAGAGUGAUGCCACCAGCCCAGACUCCGACACAAGGCCCGCCACUAUUACCUGGUCCCAACCACAGCUCCACACCUCCACAUCAGAGAGCACAGACUCCACUCCACAGUCAGAACCCACCUUUUGCUGUGCCCUGCCCACCUGUCAAUCACCCAGAUGCCUCCUACAACACAGACCACAGGUUCCAUCGUCAGCUUUCUGAGCCCUGUCUGCCAUUCCCGCAGUCCGAUGGCCGCUGUCAGACACCUUAUCCCCCCCAGGCCCGUGGCCAUUUUCCCCGACACGGCCGCCCCCCUUAUCAGCGCCACAUGUCAGAGCCGUUAGUGCCAAUACCUCCCCAGGGAUUCAAAAAGGAAAUGGUGGAUCCCUGUUACAAUGAGCAGGGUUUGCAAAACAUGGGACCUCCUCGUGCACCGUUGUUCCACCAAAUGUCAAUCAAACAGGAGCCCAGAGACUUCAGCUAUGACUCAGAAGUGCAGAACUGCCAGUCAUCAUUUGGCAAAUCAGCAAACUUCUAUGGCGCCAGCGAGGGUUUUGGGUAUGACGGAGAAUCCCAUCUGUAUUAUGAUGAUACAUGUGUAGUGCCAGACCGCCUGGAGGGAAAGCUGAAGCAGGAGGGUGGAGUUUUCCGGGAGGGUCCUCCGUAUCAACGAAGGGGGUCUCUGCAACUCUGGCAGUUCCUGGUCACUCUGCUGGAAGACCCAUCCAACAGCCACUUCAUCGCUUGGACUGGCCGUGGGCUGGAGUUUAAACUCAUUGAACCAGAGGAGGUUGCUCGCCGUUGGGGCAUCCAGAAGAACAGGCCUGCGAUGAAUUAUGACAAACUGAGCCGCUCCCUGCGCUACUACUAUGAGAAGGGCAUCAUGCAGAAGGUAAAGGUUGCUGGAGAGCGGUACGUGUAUAAGUUUGUGUGUGAUCCCGAUGCGCUCUUCUCCAUGGCAUUCACUGAUAACCAGAGGCCCAGUCUGAAAGCAGACCCUGAUGGGCUGCAGGUUCCAGAGGACGACACUGUUCCGCUCUCACAUUUUGAUGAGAAUAACAGUGUCCCGUAUCCAGGCUAUGCCAGGGACCAGUGCUUAGCGGGGCCGUCCUUUCCUGAAAAUUACACUUUCUGAACUGUUUCACCACUGAUGGGCAGACCAGAAGAACUCUAAAAAUGUAUCCUCACACUCCAAAUGCAGCUUGUGUCAAAUUGUAAUCGCUCCAAUGAGGAACCUGUAGCGCCUGCUGACAAGUCUCUAGACUUUCUUGCCACACUUUUAUUGUUUGUUACUACACAGGUUCCAAGAUGGAAUUUUUUUUUUAAUUACAAA